AUGCCUGGCCCAGAAUCGGCGCCGCUGUUACUCGUUCCAGAUGAGGCGUCGACUAGGCCUCAGGCUAAGCACCAGCUAGCAGCACGCGACAGCCAGGAGGGCGCCUCAAGCAGGGGCAGAGCCGAGGCCGUCGUCAUCGGACGAACCAUUGCUUGCAUGCGAUUCCUGGUGCCAGGUCCUCGAAACGAAACGGCAGCUUCUUAUCUCUCUCUCGUCCGACUUUGUCUCUUCAACCUUCGCCUCUCCCUCACCUCUCACAGCCUGCCUCACGCUGCUGCUCCUGCAACUCCUCCGUCGGGCCGCUGCUUGGAUGGUGACACGGGACGACUUCAGACGCUCAGCUACGCACCACCGAUAACGGCCAAUUGA